CUUAAAUCUUACAUUAAACAGCACAUUUAAAGUUGCCAGAAAAGGGAACCUGUAUUGCAGAACAGGGACAGCAGUGAGAGGUAGGCUAGAAUACUCUGAUACGUCUGCUUUCAUUUCGUUCGGACACAGGGUAAGAGGGUGUUGCCUCUGAGUUUCUGACAGCCCUAUUCCAGACAUUCAAAUAGGCCUACGUGACUUGAUUCAGGCGAGUUGGAAACGCGUUCACUUUAUUGAUCAUAGCAGAACCGUUCAAAACGCACCUCCUCGGCACCGUGCGCUAUCCUAGACAGAAGAGCCGCUCUCCAACAACACAGCUCGACUGUGGUGUACCUCCUCGGUACAGCCUAGCCGUAUCACAGACUCCUCUAGUAGGCUACUGUAAACCUCCUCAUCUGCUACCGGGAGGGACAUUGGAAACGAUAACACAAAGGUCUGUCCACCCCGUCAAACUGUUUAUUUCGGCUCUUCUAGCGCGUUUGUGUAUGCGGAAAUUUUAGAUGCCCUUCGACUAUUAAAGGGUGCAGAGAUGUCCCGUCAGUCGGAGGCCAGGCAGCCGGGACCAACUAAGCGCCUCAGCUCAUUAUUUGUUUCUUUACAGGAGAAGCUCUCAAGAGACCGAGAAGACAGAGUCUCAACACACGCCGGCCAACCUGAAACUACCGAGGCAGGGAGCCCAGCACCCAACCACUUCUUCUUUGAGUUCCUGGUGGUGGUCAGUCUACAGCAGAAGACCAAAGACAGCCCCUAUGAGCCGCUCGUCAUCUACAAGUUCCCUAAGGAAAUAGGCCUCAGUCCUCCGCAGAGGGAAGAAGAGAAGUCCCUGCAGGCCAUCACAUUGUUCUGUUUCCCUGAGGGAGUCAACUGGAUCCCACUCACACAAUACCAAAGUGAGACCUUCUCCUUUGUUCUGACAGAGACGGACGGCACCAGGCGGAAUGGCUUCUGCAGGCGGCUGUUGCCUCAUGGAAGAGGAAAGCGACCUCCAGAGGCCUACUGCAUCGUGAGCCAAGUUGCGUGCUUCGGCCUCUUCUCCAAGAUUUUUGAUGAGGUGGAGAAGCGGCGAGAGAAGUCCAUGGCGAUGAUCUAUCCCUUCAUGCAGAGCCUCAGAGAGGCGCCCUUCCCUGAACCUGGAGAAACCGUCCAGAUCAAGAGCUUCAUACCCGAAUCUGGCACUGAGAUAAUAACGCUUACACGGCCACUUGAAUCCAGGUUGGAACAUGUGGACUUUCAGAUACUCUUCUGCUACCUUUCCAACCAAGAGAUCUUGCAGGUCUUUGCCUCCACCCUAAUGGAGCGACGCAUUGUGUUCAUCGCUGAAGAGCUUGGCACCUUAUCGCAGGUCCUCCACGCUGUGGCGGCACUGCUCAGCCCCUUCGCCUGGCAGCACACCUUCAUCUCCACCGUGCCCACUGUGCUGAUGGAGGUCCUCAUGGCUCCCACACCCUACCUGCUUGGGGUGCACAAGAACACGAUGGAUGGUGUCUUUGACAACGAUGAUGUGGACGAUAUGCUGAUGGUGGAUUUGUCGUCCAAAGUGAAGGAACGAUUUUUGUCAUGCGUCGGAGAUGAGGACUCUAUAAUCCCUGAGACACUCAAAAACGAGCUCCUUGAAGCUCUCUGUGCCAAGAAAGACCAUUCCACUCCGGAAGAGAUCAACACCUUAGUCUCAGAGGCCUUUGUUUCAUUCUUCGUCAAGACAGUGGGUCACUACUCAGCCCAUGUGAAGCGCAGCAAAAGCCAACAGCCUGGAAUUUUUCAAAGGAAGACCUUCUGCAAGUCAAUAGAGAACAAGUCUCACCAGCAAUUUGUCACCAACUUCAUAGAGACCCAGAUGUUUGAUGUCUUCAUUCAGGACGUAGAGAGACGACCGGCUUCCAAUGACGGUUUCUUCUGCAGAAAAAUUGCAGAAUAUGAAGAGACGAAGAAAGAGACAGACCGGAUGCGAUGGAGGAGAAGGUUUUUGGUGUAAAUUGGGUCGGGAAAGGAAUCGCUGUCCCAGCGCACCGGUGAGCGGAUCUGAUGUGUCGGAAGUUGUUGACAUCGAUGACAUCGAUGAUGACAUCGAUGAUGACAUCGAUGUUGGUUAAUGUGAUGAAGGGGACCAAGAAGUCUGGGUUAAUGUGAUAAAGGGGACCAGGAAGUCUGGGUUAAUGUGAUGAAGGGGACCAGGAAGUCUGGGCUAAUGUGAUGAAGGAGACCAGGAAGUCUGGUCUAAUGUGAUGAGGGGGACCAAUACGUCUGGGUUAAUGUGAUAAAGGUGACCAGGAAGUCUGGGUUAAUGAAAUGAAGGAGACCAGGAAGUCCGGGUUUCAUAAUGUGAUGAAGAUGACCAGGAAGUCCGGGUUUCAUGUGAUGAGCCAUAUAUUUAUAAUACAAAUAUACAGUACCGUGUUAUAUCAUCUACAAUAUAUAAAGUAUUUAUAGCACAAAUUUGAAAAGAUGGAUUGACUUGCAAGGAAAUCUUUUGGAAACAGUGAAUUACAUGUCGUUUGUCAUUUGUCUUGUAGCUAAUGCCAUAACUACUCAAAGUACUCAAACUUUGUACUUUGUACUUGUAAUAAUAAGGGCUAAGCCACACAUCCACUCAGGUAAAUGUCCAAGUACUACUACUACUGUCUUAUAAAGUUUAAGUAAAGGAGUGCUUGCUCCAAAUGUACAUGUUCAUUGUUGGCAUUGUUUGAGAUUGAAAUCAACCAUCACCUCUGUAACUCCCGCAACUGUGGCUAUUUAAAUGUACAAUUAUUUUGCAGUAAUAUUUGUAUAUUGCAAGCCAUUGCAACCAAAUAUCACAUUAUAUAAAUAAAUUAAAUUGCCCAAUACAAUA